AUGAGCCCCCACAAGGGUCAAGAUGAACAGACAGGUGGAGACCGCAGCUCAAAGGGAUUCCAAGGCAUGAAGACGACAGAUCCAGAGUUCAUUCCUUCAAUCAAGAACCUUGUGGCGGACCUUUCCAAACACAUUAAAGAGGAGGAUGGGGAUCCUGUGUAA